AUUGGCCUAAAAGGCGAUAUAACUUUAGGUCCCAAACGGUGUCGUUUCCUUCGAAGAGUUCUCUUACUCUUGAAGUAACUCUCCAACUUUUUCUUUUAACGGAGAUAGAUACCCUGUCUCGACUUGAGACCCUCUUCUCCGAAUCUCCUGAGAAAAACAAACUGUCUAUUCUAGUUCUGUCCGUGGAGCAGCUGUUUGAAUCGGUUAUCACAAGGGUAUCUUGUAUUUGUAAGAAAUGGACAACAUAAGUGGAUUGCCUGAUGAACUGUUGGUGAGGAUACUAUCGUUAGUUCCAACAGAGGUUGCUGUAUCCACUUGCAUUCUCUCUAAGCGAUGGAAGUUUCUUUGGAUGUAUUUGCCUAAACUUGACUUCACUGAUAGAGACGAGUCUCUCCUUGUACUCAAGGACUUUAUCAACAAGAGUCUGCCAUUACACAGAGCUCCGGUCAUAGAACGCUUGCUUCUUUCCUUGUACGAGUCAAGAGAGAAAAACAUUAAACCUGAAGAUAUCAGACAAUGGGUUGAGAUUGCAGUAUCUCGCCAUCUACGUGAGCUGGACGUUUCUUAUUCUUCUGAUAAGAAAGAAAACAUGGUUCCCAACAGCUUGUUUACUUGCAAAUCUCUCGUGGUCUUGAAACUCAGAUUCUUGACGCUCAUGGAUGUUCCCUCCAAGGCUUGUCUUCCCUCUUUGAAAACUUUGCUACUUGAGCUUGUGGUAUACGAAGAUCAAAAACCCUUUGAAGCGCUUCUUUCGAUAUGUCCUGUCCUUGAAGAUCUAGAGGUGUGGUUCCGUGAGGAUGAAAGUAUCCAAGAGUUCACUAUUAGCGUCCCGUCUUUGCGGAAGUUGUGCUUGCAUAUAUCUUAUUAUGGGUCCUCAUUGGAGCGGUAUGAGAUUGAUACUCCUUGUUUGGAAUAUCUCCAACUUGCGGAUUGGAAUGAUAGUCCUUGUUUGGUUAAGAAUAUGCCUAAGCUGAAGAAAGCACAUGUGGAUGUUGUAUCCUUUGCUGUCAAGAAUGUUAUUCGAUCAGUCACAUCUGUCAAGCAUCUUACAGUAUGCUCAGAGGAUGUGUAUGGUGAUGGUAAUGUUUUCGACCAGCUUGAACAUCUGACGCUAUGUAUUUGCAAAGAUGAUUCGUCGAAUCUCCUUGCUCAGUUUCUCAAAGAUUCUCCUAACUUAAGAGUCUUAGUCAUCUCUCAACUAGAUUUACAUGCAGAUUUAAAGACCAAUGAGAUGGGUUUCUGGAACCAACCGAGUUCUGUUCCUGAAUGCUUGCUGUCCAGUCUACGGAUUUUGAACUGGGAAGGAUACUUUGGGAGACCACAAGAUAGAGAUAUUGCGGUUUAUAUUUUGAAAAACGCUCGUCACUUAAGGACAGCAACUAUUUGGGCUGAUACAAAUGAACAUGAUGUUCCAAACCUUGAGAUGAUCAAGGAGUUGACACUUUCUUCCCGAGCUUCAAGCACAUGCGAACUUGUGUUUGUUGAGAUGCCUUGAGAAAUCAUUACAUGUCUUUUCAUUUGUGUAAUAGAAUCCUAAUUUGAUAUGUUAUCGUGUCUGUAAGAGUAUUUGCUGACGAUGUUGACAGAUGAUGUUGUGUUGCAUCUGUUCUCGUGUGUGUGUGUCCAACAAUGAUCAGAUUGUUCCUAUAUUAUUAAACUUAUGCAUUCAAUCAA